CGAUGAAAUUCAGUGAAAUUCAGUUGCAAAAUAUACUUGAAGAUCAUAUUUUAUCCCGGAAUACCACAGUUCAUUUCACACGACAAUGGAUUCCACCGGCGCAUUUAUUCCUGUUCAGACUCGAGUCCUGGAAAUCCUUAGUCUGCCGCCGAUGAUGCGAUGUCCGGAAUUGGGACUGCUGAUCGAUCGUGCCAGUCUGAAAGAGCUGCAGGACAUUUAUCCAACGUUAAUCAAUUCGGUUUUCGGUCUGAACGGCGGUACCGGUUGGGGACUACGGGUCAUGACGCGUGACACCCAUCCACAUGACUUCGAUGUGCUGUAUAAUUUCUUUAUUCCUAUUGGGGGUCCAAUGUUUAGGAUGUGCUAUCGUUUACUCAACGAUUCCCUGAAAUACGAGCUUCCAAUUUCGUAUCUACCGCCAAAAAUGCAGCAAGUCAUUGAAAGCGGACGAUAUUCGGCUUUUUAUAGUGACAUUGUUAACAUUGACCCGUUUAGAAGACAAGCUGUGUCCCUGUCGUUGAAUGCUUUCGAUUACUUUAUGUUCCAUUUUGCCCUGCAUGGAACCGUGCCACUGCAACUUCUUUAUCCGGCAGCGCUGACUUUGGGAAACGAGAAGGCUAAAACGCUUUACCUUAUUUUAACGGCUGAAUAUUUGUGUACCUUUUUGCCAAGCCAUCCAGACUCCAUUAUCCUGCCACAAAUUGUAGGUGGAACAAUAAAGGUAGCUUCACCGGCUACUAUACCUGUGAUGACGCCAACCAAGUCGCCGAAAUAUUUGGUCCUCUCGGCCAUUCAUCAUCACCCUCCAGCAGCAGCAUCCACGUCACAUCAGCGUUCAACAAAUAGCAGCUCGAUCGAAGCUUCCCGAGCAUAUUGCUGGCGGUCCGAGAGCGUUCUUUAUAUAUUUGUCGAUUGUUGGCUACGAUUGGACGUAGAUGAUGCCCGUGAACUCCCAAGCAAUGAAUUUAUUCGAUGUGUAAGAAUUCUCGUUAAACAGUUGCAUGCAUUUGGAAACAGUGCGGAGCUAGAUAAUAGCUCCAUGGCGCUUUUAAGGCAAUCGGCUCAACCACUAAUGAACGUUCGGAUGUAUGGUUUUCUGAAAUCGCUGAUGGCCCGCUGGCCUCUAGAUAGUUCAUUUUCGGACGUUCUGGAACUGUGGCUGAGCUACAUUCAGCCAUGGCGUUAUACGUUCAACAGGGACUUGAGCAACAGCACUGAAAUGCCCAUAACACCACGUCACGAAAGCUUCAUAGCUGAGAAUUUGAUUGUGUACACUCAAAUAUUUGUACAACUCAUCCCACGGUUCGAGCGGAUGGACCUAACUACCCUGAGAAACGUUCUGAUGCUGUUUCGGCUGUUAAAAGUAUUCAAUCAAAACAAUUUGGUCGAGCUGCUUUGCCAGAAUGAGGCCAUCAUGUCAUCCAAUAACAACGUAUCGCUAAACAAUUCCACGUUCAAUGUUUCAAACUCGCCGGGAAACCACUCCGGUGCAUCCAAUCGAAGUGUAGGAAAUGCCAGCACCGGUGGACUGAAUCGUUCUUUCAAUUCCAGUGGUGUUGCAACGGGGGCGCCCGGUAGACCUGGUACGCCGGGAAAUCGAUCAACCGGGGAGCCGGCAGACGAUAGCUAUGUGUUUAUCUUCGGCGAGCUCUUUGCGCUGGCGAUCGAAGAGUUGCUGAAGAAAAUUUACGUUUCCAUGUCUGUUGCAAGGGAAAACUUGCGCCAGGUUCAACAGGAGAAGGCUAAUCGCUACCAGGGAGUGCUCAAGUAUGUGUAUAUGGUGAUUGGAUACUUUGAUCACGAUCCGAUUUACGCCGCCAUGCUGAACGAUCGGCAGAAGAUCCCCGAUAUUUUGGACGUUGCCCUGCAGUCACUGGCCAGGAUGUUCCAGAUCCCCCUUACCGAGGAGUUCUUCGAAGGUGAAAGUAUGCAAAUAGAUCCAUCUUUUAUAGCCGAAAACACCGUCAACGCCUCCUGGAACUCGUCGAUGAAUUCCACUCUCUCCGGUCAAUCGUUUUCGCUGACACCUCAACAAAUGAAGCUACGAAAAAACACGCUUCGCUACACCGGUGACCCAGCCCUGCUCCCAAUAGCUAGUACCGAAUUCACCUUUUUGGUUCGCUUCCUCCACCAACUGUCGAGUAAAGUGAACCUAAUGUUCGGAGGAGAGAUGAAUGACCUGUGGAAUAGAAACGACCUGUGGGGUAAACUGAGCCGUCAAGUACUGAGCCCUCCGAUGGUUGCCCAAACCUUCGAUAAAUCGCAAGGGGUUUGUAUGCUAAAACAGGACCAUCUUGGCCCCCGGUUAUGUCUGAGGGUGCUCGCCUCAUACAAAUCGUCGUUUGUGAUAUUCUGCUCGUUUCUGCUCGGAUAUUUGUUGUUCAACGCACCGAGCUACGGAUUCAUGCUGCUGCUUUCUGCCGCAUUCGUUUACUUGCUUAUCAAAUCGUUGGUCUGCGAUCUGUUUGAAGUGCGAACCGAACCCAGGGUCAUCAAUAGAACAGGUUAGUUGA